UGGCUGGUCACUGACGCUACCUCCUUUGUUCUCCUGCACAGGACCCGGGAUGGCACGCUCAGGGGCAGGGCUCAUUGUCUUCUCCCUCCUGCAAACCGUCCUCUCUCUGAACCCCGAGGACCCCAACGUGUGCAGCCACUGGGAGAGCUACGCCGUGACUGUCCAAGAAUCAUACGCACACCCCUUUGACCAGAUCUACUACACACGAUGCACAGACAUCCUCAACUGGUUCAAGUGCACCAGGCACAGGAUCAGCUAUAAGACGGCGUAUCGGCGUGGCCUCCGGACCAUGUACCGGCGGAGGUCCCAGUGCUGCCCUGGCUACUACGAGAAUGGAGACUUCUGCAUACCCCUGUGUACGGAGGAGUGCGUGCACGGCCGCUGUGUUUCCCCCGACACCUGCCACUGUGAGCCUGGCUGGGGAGGACCCGACUGCUCCAGUGGCUGCGACAGCGACCACUGGGGCCCCCACUGCAGCAACCGGUGCCAGUGCCAGAACGGCGCCCUGUGCAACCCCAUCACCGGCGCCUGCGUGUGUGCCCCUGGCUUCCGCGGCUGGCGCUGCGAGGAGCUCUGCGCACCGGGCACCCACGGCAAGGGCUGCCAGCUGCCCUGCCAGUGCCGCCACGGUGCCAGCUGUGACCCACGCACCGGCGAGUGCCUCUGCGCUCCCGGCUACACCGGUGUCUACUGCGAGGAGCUGUGCCCACCUGGGAGCCACGGGGCUCACUGUGAGCUGCGCUGCCCCUGCCAGAAUGGGGGCACCUGCCACCACAUCACUGGAGAGUGUGCCUGCCCCCCAGGCUGGAUGGGAGCAGUGUGUGCCCAGCCUUGCCCACCAGGGACGUUUGGCCAGAACUGCAGCCAGGACUGUCCUUGCCACCAUGGAGGGCAGUGUGACCACGUGACUGGGCAGUGCCACUGUGCAGCGGGGUACAUGGGGGACAGGUGCCAAGAGGAAUGCCCCUUCGGGACCUUCGGCUUCCAGUGCUCACAGCACUGCGACUGCCACAACGGGGGCCAGUGCUCACCCAGCACCGGUGCCUGCGAGUGUGAGCCGGGCUACAAAGGCCCGCGCUGCCAGGAGCGGCUGUGCCCCGAGGGCCUGCACGGCCCAGGCUGCACCUUGCCCUGCCCCUGUGAUGCUGACAACACCAUCAGCUGCCACCCAGUAACUGGAGCGUGCACCUGCCAGCCCGGCUGGUCUGGCCCCCACUGCAACGAGUCCUGCCCCGCUGGCUACUACGGCGAUGGCUGCCAGCUGCCCUGCGCCUGUCAGAACGGCGCUGACUGCCACAGCAUCACUGGGAGCUGCACCUGUGCCCCAGGCUUCAUGGGAGAGGUCUGUGCAGUUCCCUGUGCAGCAGGGACCUACGGCCCCAACUGUUCAUCUGUUUGUAGCUGUAACAACGGUGGCACCUGCUCCCCAGUAGACGGCUCCUGUACCUGCAAGGAAGGGUGGCAGGGCCUCGACUGCACCCUGCCCUGUCCCGGCGGGACAUGGGGCCUGAACUGCAACGAGAGCUGCACCUGCGCCAAUGGGGCGGCCUGCAGCCCCACAGACGGCGCCUGUGCCUGCGCCCCCGGCUGGCUGGGAGCCACCUGCGAGCUGCCCUGCCCGGAUGGCACAUUUGGGCCAAACUGCAGUGAGCGCUGUGACUGCAGCCACGCCGAUGGCUGCGAUCCUGUGACCGGCCACUGCUGCUGCCUGGCGGGAUGGACAGGCAUCCGCUGUGACAGCACGUGUCCACCUGGUCGCUGGGGCCCCAACUGCUCUGUCUCCUGCAGCUGCGAGAAUGGCGGCUCCUGCUCCCCAGAGGAUGGGAGCUGCGAGUGUGCCCCUGGCUUCCGAGGACCCUUAUGCCAGAGAAUCUGCCCCCCUGGGUUCUAUGGCCACAGCUGCGCCCAGCCGUGCCCCCUCUGCGUGCACAGCAGCGGGCCCUGCCACCACGUCAGCGGCGGCUGUGAGUGUCUCCCGGGAUUCUCCGGAGCCCUCUGCAACCAAGUAUGUGCUGGAGGGCGCUUUGGGCAGGACUGUGCCCAGCUCUGCUCCUGUGCCAACAAUGGGACCUGCAGCCCCAUCGAUGGCUCCUGCCAGUGCUUGCCUGGAUGGAUUGGCAAGGACUGCUCACAGGCUUGCCCCCCUGGGUUCUGGGGCCCUGCCUGCUUCCACACAUGCAGUUGCCACAAUGGAGCGCGCUGCAGCGCAGAGGAUGGGGCCUGCCACUGCACCCCAGGCUGGACUGGACUCUUCUGCACGCAGCGCUGCCCAGCAGCAUUUUAUGGGAAGGACUGUGGGCGCGUGUGCCAGUGUCAGAAUGGUGCCAGCUGUGACCACAUCAGCGGCAAGUGCACCUGCCGCACAGGCUUCACCGGGAAACACUGCGAGCAGAGAUGUGCCCCAGGAACCUUUGGCUAUGGCUGUCAGCAGCUAUGUGAGUGCAUGAACAAUGCCACCUGUGACCACGUCACUGGCACCUGUUAUUGCAGCUCUGGAUUCAAAGGAAUCAGGUGUGACCAAGCCGCCCUCAUGAUGGAGGAGCUGAAUCCCUACACCAAGAUCAGCCCGGCGCUGGGUGCAGAGCGGCACUCGGUGGGUGCUGUCACAGGCAUUGUCCUCCUGUUGUUCCUCAUUGUGAUGCUGCUGGGCCUUUUUGCCUGGCGCCGACGCCGGCAGAAAGAGAAGGACCGCGACCUGGCUCCCCGCGUCUCCUACACACCUGCCAUGAGGAUGACCAGCACUGACUACUCCCUCUCAGAUUUGUCUCAAAGUAGCAGCCAUGCCCAGUGCUUUUCCAAUUCCAGCUACUACGCACUGGAGUGCAGCGGGCCUGCCACCAGCCAGGCCAGCACUCUGGACAGGAACAGCCCCACCAAGCUCAGUAACAAGUCCCUUGACAGAGACACAGCAGGCUGGACCCCUUACAGCUAUGUGAACGUGUUAGACUCCCAUUUCCAGAUCAGUGCCCUGGAGGCCAGGUACCCGCCAGAGGACUUCUACAUUGAACUUAGACACCUCAGCCACCCCGCUGAGCCACACUCACCAGGUGCUUGUGAAAUGGAUAGACGUCAAAACACAUACAUUAUGGACAAAGGCUUCAAAGAUUACAUGAAAGAAUCCGUGUGCAGUUCUAGCACUUGUUCCUUGAACAGCAGUGAAAACCCUUACGCCACAAUUAAGGACCCACCCAUCCUCACCUGCAAGCUUCCAGAAAGCAGCUAUGUAGAAAUGAAGUCGCCUGUGCACAGGGGGUCUCCGUACACAGAUGUGCCAUCCUUGUCGACAUCUAAUAAAAAUAUAUAUGAAGUUGAGCCCACAGUCAGUGUGGUCCAAGAAGGCCGUGGUCCCAACUCCAGCUAUAUCCAGAAUCCAUACGACCUACCUAGGAACAGCCAUAUUCCUGGUCAUUAUGACCUCGUCCCAGAAAGACUGAGUCCUGCCAAUGAGCCCUCCCAGGACAAGCAGUCUUAAGAGGGAUAAGCUUCUCUCUUGCAAUGUGCUCUGCUGAAUAUUCUCUGACUCUGAAAGAAGACAAUCCCCUGACCUGAAAUAAUGGUACAGACUGACUUCAGCUGCGUGUUAGUUAUUACUUUCACCUGGAACUAAAGAAGAGCUUCCAAGUGGGACUGGGGUAAUUGCUCAAAAGGUCUGUUUGCAAAGGUAAAUCCUAUCACCCACCCAACCCCCAACUCCAAAAGACCUGGAUUACAUGAUCUUUUAAAACAUUUAAGAUACAGCUACUCAUCAACAUCAGCUAAAUAUAGCUAACUAUAUUAUUUAUAUAUUUAAUUAUCUGAAACAUGAUGCUUAAAGAGCAUGUAGAAUAGGUUUUAUAAACCUUCCUAGGAGGAAAGGGGGACUGGGGAGGGGAGAGGAUUAAUUUAAAAUACCUAAAAUGUACUAGUAUAUGUACUUUUGGUUGCUGUUACCAUCAACAUCUGUUUGAUUACCUAAGAUAAUUAGUACAUAGACAAAAACUGUGCUAAUAUCUAUCAAUCCUAAAGUACCUGUACAUAUAUGUCUGGUCUAUCAAAUUACAAUGGCCAAGAUUACAGAUUAUUAUGUAGGCUAAUGCUAACAACUUCAAUUUUUUAAAAUAAGAUUUAAAUAAAUACAAAUUAUGUGUAGCACUGAACCUGGCUUAACAUCUCA